AUGGAGGCUUCCCAUUGCCUGCCCUUCAUCCCACUCUGUCUCCUACUAGCCACGUUAGCCCCAGCCAAGGCAGUGCGAGUGCCAUCCCUGCAAGAACAAGCAGGAGCGCUCCUUGCCUGGAAAGCCACGCUCCAAAGCCACCCACCCCAGCUGAGAUCCUGGGGAAGGGGACACCACCACAGUACAUGGCCGUGCAGCUGGCAUGGCAUCACAUGCGGCAAGGACGGAGCGACCCACCAUGAGGUGAUCACCGAGAUCUCUCUGCCGGGGCUGCGGCUGAGGGGGGAGCUCGGCGCCCUCAACUUCACGGCGCUGGCGACCCUGACGAGCAUCCAGCUCUCGCACAACAGGCUCACCGGGAGGAUCCCGCCGAGCAUCGCGUCACUCGGAGAGCUCCGGUUCCUGCUUCUUCGGCGCAAUCAGAUAAGGGGCCCUUUACCACCUGCUCUUGCAUCCUUGAGAAACCUACGCUGCUUAAUGCUCCAGGAGAAUCAACUCUCUGGUGAAAUGCCAAGGCAAAUAGGGCAACUAGAGGGACUUGUGGUGUUGAACCUGUCUGCCAAUCAGUUGUCCGGUCCCAUCCCCAGUGAACUAGGCUACCUAAAGAAACUGCUCAGGGUAGAUAUCGCCGGCAACAACCUCACAGGCCCCAUUCCAAGUAAUUUAGGGAAUCUCACUAAACUCACUGUCUUGUACCUUUAUGGUAACCAAUUAUCUGGAUAUCCUCCUCGAGAGCUAGGGUACCUUGUGAAUCUAAAGGAGUUGGAUCUCUCCCACAACAAGUUGAUGGGUUUCAUCCCCGGUACCUUUGGAGGCAUGAUCAACCUCACACUCUUGUCCCUAGCGGAUAACCAACUUUCCGGAUGCAUUCCUCCAGAGCUAGGUAGCUUGUUGAAUCUAAAAGAGUUGUACCUUGAAAACAACAAACUUGUUGAUUCCAUCCCUAGUACCUUCUUGAAUUUAACAAACCUCACUGGCUUGUACCUAUCGGGUAAUCAACUUUCUGGGUCUAUACCUCGAGAACUAGGUUACAUGGUGAAUCUAAAAGAGUUGGUUCUUAGCUCCAACAAUUUCAACGGCUCCAUACCUAAUACCUUUGGGAGUUUGGUUAACCUCACUGAAUUGUAUAUAUGGAAUAAUACACUCUCUGGGUGUAUACCUCAAGAACUAGGUUACCUAGUGAAUCUUGAAGAAUUGGAUCUUAGUUGCAACAAACUAAUGUGUACUAUUCCCAAAAACUUUGGCAGUUUUAGUAACCUAACUAUCAUGAACCUUCGUGAUAACCAUCUCAUGGGUUAUAUCCCCAAUAUCUUUGGAAAUUUGACAAAGCUCGCUACCUUACACCUCGAUGAUAAUCAAUUCUCUGGAUAUGUUCCUCUAGAAAUUGGCACCUUAUGGAAUCUCAAAAUUCUAGAACUCGACAAUAAUAAUCUCUCUGGUCCCCUACCACCUGGGUUGUGCUCUGGAGGCAAGCUCAUGUAUUUAACUGCAUCUAAUAACAGUCUGGAUGGACCACUUCCAUCAAGUUUUCUACACUGCAGAAGCCUAUUUAGAGUUCGUCUAGAAAGGAAUCAAAUAGAAGGAGAUAUUUCUGAGUUGGGAGGUCAUCCAAGUCUUGACUAUAUGGAUAUGAGCUCGAAUAAACUCUUUGGAAAAUUAUCUUCUCUUUGGGGGGGAAGUCAGAAUAUUACCAUGCUACGCCUCUCAAACAACAACCUGACAGGGGAAAUACCCAUAAAUAUGGGGCAGCUAACUCAGCUAGGGAUACUUGAUCUCUCAUCAAACAAGCUUGAAGGAGAUAUUCCAAUUGAACUGGGCAAUCUAAAAAACUUGUUCCAGUUGAACCUCGCGGACAAUUUGCUCCAUGGAAGCAUACCACAAGAAAUCGGAGCACUAUCUAGUCUACAGUUAUUCGAUUUGUCAUCAAAUAACCUAAGUGGUUUGGUACAUGGGUCAAUUGGGAAUUGUUUAGAGCUUCGCUCAUUGAACCUGAGCGGAAAUAACUUUACAGGAAACAUCCCUACCGCAUUAGGGGUGUUGCACAACUUACAAUACAUGUUGGAUUUGAGUGAUAAUUCAUUUACUGGGGCAAUACCAAGCCAACUUAGCGGCCUGAUCAUGCUAGAUACUUUGAAUCUUUCACACAAUGAACUUAAUGGAUCCAUCCCUCAAUCAUUUAAGAGUAUGGAAAGCUUGAUAUCCGUUGAUGUAUCUUACAAUGAAUUGGAAGGAGUAGUCCCUGAGAGUAAGCUUUUUCAAGGAGCCCCGUUGACGUGGUUCAUGCAUAAUAAGAUGCUAUGUGGUGUAGUGACCGGACUCCCCCAUUGUAGUAGUACAACUGUAAACCAAGGGAAAAGAAAAGGAUACAAAACACUUGUACUAGCAGUGGUUCCUGUGCUGAUGUCUCUUGUUCUUGUUGUAUUUGUAUUGAUGUUUCAACAUGAAAGGAACAAAUCCAAGGCAAUUGACACGGACAAAGUAACACAAAAAAAUGUGUUCUCUAUUUGGAGUUUUGAUGGGGCAAACGUGUUCAAACAAAUUGUUGAAGCAACCAAUGAUUUUAGCGAGAUUCAUUGCAUAGGAACUGGGGGAUAUGGAUCUGUCUACAAGGCUAGGCUUCCAACAUCGGAAAUAUUUGCGGUGAAGAAGAUGUGCGUUAUUGAAGAUGAGAAUUGCAUGAAGGGGUCACUCUUCCAUCGUGAAAUUGAGGCAUUGGUACAGAUUCGGCAUCGGAACAUCGUAAAACUAUUCGGGUAUUGUUCCUCUAGCCAAGGAAAGUUCCUUAUAUAUGAAUAUAUGGAGAGAGGAGACUUGGCAGAAGCACUGAGGGUCGAUCGAAGGGCAGUUGAGUUGGACUGGAGAAGGCGGAUACAUAUUGUGCUAGAUGUGGUUCACGCUUUGGCCUACAUGCACCAUGAUUGUUGGUCACCAAUAGUGCACAGAGAUAUAACAAGUAAAAACAUUUUGCUUGAUCAGGAAUUUAGAGCUUGCAUCUCUGAUUUCGGUACGGCUAAAAUUCUAAAUAUUGACGGCAAUAAUAUCACAAGGCUUGCAGGGACAAAGGGUUAUCUAGCCCCAGAGCUUGCAUAUACAGAAAAUGUGACGGAGAAAUGUGACGUAUACAGCUUUGGGGUGCUUGUCAUGGAGCUCUUUAUGGGGUCUCAUCCAGGCGAAUUGCUCUCAUCCCUCUCUGAGGCCAGCAAGAAUAAUACUGUGAGCCUGCAACAUCUGCUGGACUCAAGGCUCGAGCUCCCUGAUGCUGAAACCGCAGGAGAAAUAUACCACAUGCUCAAUGUUGCAGUUCAGUGCCUGGAGCCAAGUCCAUCACGGAGACCAACAACGCGACGUGCUAGUGAUGAGCUAUCUGCUAGCAAAGCAUUUGAAGGUCAUGUUCGUUAUCUGCAUGCUGGCCUCACCAUUCCCACUCACUAG